UAAAGUGAGAUGGGGGAGUGGAGAGAUACAUCCAGAGACAGGACAUCUUAGUCAAAGGAAGGAAAGAGCAGGGCAGGAAAAGAGGAGAGAGAGAGAGAGCGCCGAAUUAGAAGAAUGUUCCACUGACUUCAGUUCAGUUUCAAAAAGAACUUGUGGAGAUACUGCAGGUUGCUCUCCGUUAACAGGUCACAGAAACAAGAAAACUCAUAUAAGGCUCAAAGAACUUGUUUCAGUCUCAAGGAUUCGUUUACGUUUCUUUAAGAAAGGGAUUUGAGUGUGUGAAGGAAAGGUUUCAACGUUUUUCUCCAGGAGAAAAGCACAAAACUGGAUUCAUUCUCGAUAUCACCCAAGUGGAGAACACCCGACCAGCGGCUGAACGGCAAGAUGAGUCUUUCUCGGAACGGGACCCUAGAGAAACCUGUUGCCCAGCAGCCUUCCGUUGACCGGGGGGAGUUUGAAUCCCUUCACCCCCGUCUCCAACACACCGGCUCCAUCUCCUCAAGCAGUCCAGCAAAUGCGUCCAGCUCAGGGGUGGUGGUUCCUCCUCCGUACUCGAUAGCGGGCAGUGUGGCAAACGAUUCUACUAUGGAGCUGAGAGGCUCUUUAGACUGUUGGGCUUGUUCUGUUCUGGUGACGGCUCAGAAUCUGAUCAUCGCUACCCUCAACAUUGGUCUGGCUGCGAUUAUCUUCGGCCUCAUCCUCAUGCCGUCGCUGAUUAUGGUCCUUUUUGGCUUCCUUUGCCAUUCGACAGUUCAGCGUAAUGGCACUUCUAUCUACUGUUCUAAUCUCUUGGAUGACGGAGGCUGUGUGGCUUUGCUGGUUGUGGGCUUCCUGCUGCUUGCUCCGUUGUUGGUUCUAGCUCUCGCUGCUUACUGCAGGAUGGCACGGCAUCUCCAGUUGGGCCUGUGUUUCAUACCAUACAGCCGUGCCGUCUACAAGAACCUGCCUGCCUCACGUCAUCGAGGCAUUGGAGGCUGCUGCGGCCAACAGGGGGCAGGAGAGAGUGAGGAAAAGGGAAGCGUUUGGGUCUGAACAACAGCAGCGUUGCAGUAUGGGAUAAAAACUGUCGUACAAAAGGACCUGUUGAAUUUAAUGUGAAUAUCAAUGGUAAUAGAUUACAUAAAGACCACCUUAUCGUGUCAAGACAAGACUGAGUAAAAGCAGUGCCAUGUUCUCAGCAGUUUAAACUGUAUUUUUAAAAGCUGCUCAUUUAUUGAGUUUCUCAUAUCUGUGAUUCAUUGUUUCUGUCAUUUGUUUAACUGGAUCCACUUUAAGAGUGUUUUGAAAAUGGAGAAACUAUCUGUCAAUGAAAUUUGUGAUUUAUUGUUUGUUCUUUUUUAAUAUUUUUUACCUUUUUCUUUGUAAUGUGUUUUGAGAACAUGAAUGAGGAACUUAUUUGAAUAUGAAGUUUUCUUAAAACUCUCCUUUUUAUUGUAUACCUCUUAUUAACUGUUAAAUGAAUAAACGUUUUAUUCAAUUUAUUCCAUGAAUUAUCUACAUAAUAUAUGAUAUUUCAAAAUAUAUACAUAAAUGUGACCAUGUCGCAAACUGUAUUUCUACACACAAAGGGACAGUUCACCCCAAAACGAUGAUUCUGUCAUCAAUUACCCACCUUCACGUUAUUUCAAAUCUGUAUAAAUGUCUUCGUUCUGAUGAACACAUAGAAAUAUAUUUGGAAGAAUGAUUUUAGCCAAACGGUUCUUGGCCACCAUUGACUACCAUAGCAGAUAAAUUACAAUCCUAGUCAAAAGGGCCGCAGAAUUGUUUGCUUUCUACAUUCUUCAAAAUAUCUUCUUUUGUGUUCAACAGACAAAUUUGGAAGAUUAUUAAAUUGAACUUUUAAGUUGA